GCAGGGGCUGGCCUUUACGGAGGAGGGACAUCAUGCCAAUUUCAAGAGUUUCUUUGAAAGGCGGAUGGAGUAGGGAUACGAGAAAACACGCUGCUCUGACUCAAACCAACAGACACGCCGCAGACUCCUCGUGGUUGAGCCCGGACCGACAGAGAGAAGAAGAAGAAGAGACCUGCGACAGAACAAGAGCCGGCAAAGCGGGAAGCUUUUUGUCCCCGAGUGAGUAAAAAGAAAAAAGGAAACUCAGACAACGAUGUCAGGGUUGAAAAAGAGAAACUCAAAUUCCUCGGCAGACAGGGAUGAGGAGGACAAGCAGGUAAAGGAAAGGAUGCUGUCCGGCGUGGAGAAGGUGGAUUCCAACCUGGGUGGAGCCCCGGGGAGCGACCCCGACAACAACGCCGCCAGAGGAGACGAAGGGGGAGAAGGGGUCGCCCUGAAGAGGACCAUCACCCUGUUGAACGGCGUGGCCAUCAUCGUGGGCACCAUCAUAGGCUCGGGCAUCUUCGUCACACCCACCGGCGUGGUAAAGGAGGCUGGCUCGGUGGGUCUGUCCCUGGUAAUAUGGACGGUAUGCGGGGUGUUCUCCACGGUGGGAGCCCUCUGCUACGCGGAGCUGGGGACCACCAUCAGUAAGUCCGGCGGGGACUAUGCCUACAUCCUGGAGGUGUACGGCUCCCUGCCGGCUUUCCUCAAACUCUGGAUCGAGUUGCUCAUCAUCCGUCCGUCCUCCCAGUACAUCGUCGCCUACGUUUUCGCCACCUACGUUCUCAAGCCAGUGUUCCCUGAGUGUCCGGUGCCGGAGAACGGGGCCAAGGUAGUGGCCUGCCUCUGCAUCCUCUUGUUGACCUUUGUGAACUGCUACAGUGUGAAGGCGGCCACCAGGGUGCAGGACUUCUUUGCAGCGGCCAAGCUCCUGGCACUUGGAAUGAUCAUCAUCAUCGGCUUUGUCAAGAUUGGCCAAGGUAGCACGGACCGACUUCUUCCAGAAAACUCCUUCAAAGGCUCCAAAUAUGAGUUUGGCAGCAUCGGCCUGGCACUCUACAGCGGUCUGUUUGCCUACGGUGGCUGGAACUACUUGAAUUUUGUCACAGAGGAGAUGAUUGAGCCUUACAAAAACCUUCCCCGUGCCAUCAUCAUCUCUCUGCCCAUAGUGACAAUAGUGUACGUUCUGACCAACCUGGCAUAUUUCACCACCCUCUCCCCUGAGCAGAUGCUCGGCUCUGAGGCUGUGGCUGUGGAUUUUGGGAACUAUCACCUGGGUCCGAUGGCAUGGAUCAUCCCGGUGUUUGUAGGUCUGUCCUGCUUUGGAUCUGUCAACGGCUCUCUGUUCACAUCAUCCAGGUUAUUCUUCGUUGGUUCCCGGGAGGGUCACCUGCCCAGUCUGCUGUCAAUGAUCCACCCCACCCUGCUGACACCGCUGCCCUCACUCAUAUUCACUUGCUUGAUGACGCUGCUCUACGCCUUCUCCAAUGACAUCUUCUCCGUCAUAAACUUCUUCAGCUUCUUCAACUGGCUCUGCAUCGCCAUGGCAAUCGUUGGGAUGAUGUGGCUCCGUUAUAAGAAGCCAGAGCUGGAGCGACCAAUCAAGGUGAAUAUUCUGCUGCCGGUGAGUUUCGUGCUCGCCUGCCUCUUCCUCAUCGUCGUCUCCUUCUGGAAGACUCCAGUCGAGUGUGCGAUUGGCUUUGGCAUCAUCGCUACCGGAAUUCCUUUCUACUUAAUCGGCGUGUGGUGGAAGGGCAAACCCAAGUGGAUGCUGCAGGGAAUCUCCUCGACCACAGCCUUGUGUCAGAAGGUGAUGGAGGUGGUGCCUCAGGCGACCUAAAAAGCCCGCCCUUUACUUACAGCCGGGGGCCAAUCGGGUUGCACCAACAGUGAUCUCUGGGCUCUGACAUCUGAUGAAGCUUGAUCUCUGUUGAUCUCUCUCUCUCUCUCUCUCUCUCUCUCUCUCUCUC